AUGCUCUCCGCAUUCACAGCCCGGCCGAUCAUUGAGUUCCGGCAGCGCGACAAGUCCAAGAUCGAGACCAUCCUCGCCUACGGCGAUCGCAUCCUCGUCGGCCUCAACAGCGGCGCCCUGCGCGUUUACCGGCUCAACGAGCUCCCCCCCGCCAGCGACGAACCGCCCGCGUCCGCACAAGCCGCCGACAGCACCGGCGACUCCCCCCAGAAUGGCGACCGCCCGACAUCACGCUCUGGCAAGCCCACGGACCUCCUGCGCGAGGUGGAGAAGUUCUCGACGCGCGCCAUCGAGCAGCUCGCCAUCAUCAAGGAAGCAAACACCAUCGUCUCGCUGUCCAACUACAGCGUCUCGCUCUACGACUGGCAGACAUACCAGCUGAUCGAGACGCUCGGCCGGUCCAAGAACGCGUCCUGCUUUGCCGUCACGUCCAACAUCGUCAAGGAUCCCGACACCGGCAUUCCCGAGAUUAUAAGUCGUCUGGCCGUUGCGGUGAAGCGGCGGCUGCUGCUAUGGAGCUGGCAUGAGAGCGAACUCAGCGACGAUGUCGGCGAGGUCGUGCUGUCAGAGUCCAUUCGAUCCAUCACAUGGGCCAACGCGACGAAACUCGUGUGCGGAAUGAAUGGAGGCUACGUCUUGGUUGAUGCCAUAACACACGAGAUCGAGGACAUUGUCAGCCCCGGCACGGUGGGUGGCGCGAGCCAGGGAAGCCGCUUUGGUGCCGUUAGCAGCGCGAGCAUGGGCUACAUGGGACUCGGCGGGUAUAUGCCCAGGCCAUUGGCUGCGAAGCUGGCCGACGGUGAACUGUUACUGGCCAAGGACAUCAACACAAUGUUCGUCAACGACCAGGGGAAGCCACUUGAGCGGCGGCAGAUACCAUGGCUUUCUGCGCCCGAGUCAAUUGGAUACUCGUAUCCCUACAUCGUGGCUUUGCAGCCGCCGUCCAAGGGGUCACUCGAGGUGCGGAACCCGGACACAUUAUCGCUGUUGCAAAGCAUGUCACUGCCGGGCGCCGCUCAGCUACAUUUCCCACCACCCACAGUCAGCUUGGCACAUGCCGGCAAAGGAUUCCACAUAUCUAGCGACCGGUGCGUGUGGAAGAUGGACGCAACCGACUAUGACUCGCAGGUGGAGGAGCUGGUCGAGAAGGGCAAGUUCGACGAAGCCAUCAGCGUCCUCAACAUGCUGGAGGACGCAUUACUCAAGAAUAAGACGGAGACGCUCCGGGAAGUCAAGAUGCUCAAGGCGGAGAUGCUUUUCGCCAAGAAGAAGUAUCGCCAGGCCAUGGAUCUGAUGAACGAAGACGACGUCCACGCGCCUCCGGAAAGAGUGUUGAGGCUCUAUCCGCCUCAGAUCGCUGGCGACUUGUCGCGUUGGGCUCAUAUCCAGGACGACAAGGACGCAGAUGAAGAGCCAGCGAAAAAGGCUGGUGGUACGAGGCCCAGCAGCCCGGAUGGAGACGCCGAGCAAGCCGCGCAGCCCAUGGUCGGUGGCUUCGCGAAGCUGUUCAGAGGGGCUCACAAGAAGAACGUAUCGGACGCAGCCUCCGUUACGUCGGCAAGGAAAGACGCGACGGAAGAGGACGACACCGAGAGCGCCAAGGAAUCGCCCGCAGAGGAUAAGCCUCUCGAGGGCAAAGACCUGACCAAAGCGGUGUUGGAACUCAACAGCUAUCUCGCGGGAACCCGCGCUCGGCUUCAGCGAGUCAUUGAUCCCGUGACGGGGAAGCUCAAGCCGCGGACAGACCAGGGAACGUCCGCAGAAGAGGCAGCAGAGAGGUUUCUGAGGACGACACAGGAUGAGUCGGAGCAGAAACUUGAGGAAGAAUUGCGGAACACGUUCCGCCUCGUCGACACGACCUUGUUCCGCGCGUACAUGUUCUCGCAACCAUCUCUCGCCGGCUCGCUGUUUCGCAUUCCCAACUUUUGUGACCCAGAUGUGGUCAACGAAAGGCUUCUGGAGCAUAGCAGAUACAACGAGCUGGUGGAUUUCUUCUACGGCAAGAAGCUGCACAAGGAGGCUCUGGAUCUGCUCCGUAGGUUUGGGUCGACGACGAAGCCCGAUGAGGCAGCGCCGACACUCCACGGACCGGAUCGUACCAUUCAGUACCUGCAGAACUUGCCUCCGUCCGAGAUUGGCCUCAUACUGGAGUAUGCGGGGUGGACGCUUAAGAGCAAUCCCGACUACGCCAUGGAAAUCUUCACGGGUGAUACAGAGAAUGCGGAAACGUUGCCUCGCGAGAGGGUCAUAGCGUUCCUUCGCGACAUCGACACGAAGCUCGAGAGACAGUAUCUGGAACACAUCAUCAAUGAGCUCGACGACAUGACGGCAGACUUUCACAACCGUCUGGUCGAGUUGUAUGUCAAGAAUCUCACCGGUAUGGAGAAGGGAGAAGAGUUUGAUGCUCUUAUGGACAAGUUUAUCAAGUUUUUGCGGGACUCGCGGCAGGUGUACGGCUUGACAAGGGCUUUCUCUCAGAUACCCAAGGACGAUCCGUCCUUCUACGAGGCGCAGGCUGUCGUUCUCAGCAACAUGGGAUCACACCGACAGGCGCUUGACAUUUUCGUAUUCAAGAUGAAGGAUUACAGCAAAGCAGAGGAAUACUGUAAUCGUGUGCACAAGCAGCAAGACGCCGCGGCUACCAGCACGGAGAGCAGCGAAAAGUCCGACGACACAGGUGACUCGACGAAAUCGAUAUACCACAUCCUCCUCUCGCUCUAUCUCAAGCCACCACCGCCCCAUGAGCCUCAGCUCGAACCAUCAUUGGAUCUCCUUUCCAAACACGGGUCCCGGCUACCGGCCACAUCCACGCUCGGGCUGAUCCCGGAUGAAUUGCCAGUGGGUGCGCUGGAAGCAUACUUCCGCGGCAGGAUCAGGUCCGCCAACAGCCUGGUCAACGAAUCGCGCAUCGUUGCUGGUCUGCGGAAAGCGGAGUUUAUAUCCACUGCCGCGCGGCUGCACCUGGGCGAUGACGUGGACGGCGGCCAGGGCGGGCGGAACAGGCACGUCACGAUAACCGACGAGCGGCACUGCGUUGUGUGCCACAAGAAGCUGGGCGGCGGGAUGAGGAUCGGUGGCAGCGUCGUCGCGGUGCUGCCGGAUAACACGGUGGUGCACUAUGGCUGCCUGAGCAGGGCGACGGGGCAAAAGGCGGACAGCACCCGGGCGCCCAGCUGGGGUAGAGGGUUUUAG